AGCAUUGGCUUAUACAAUUGUGGCAUUUUAUUCAUUUAUUCCACUUAGUGUUCUUGUUGCAAAAAAAGAUGAUGUCACCAAUUCGUGUGAACUUAAACCUGAUUAUGAUGUGGAUUGUAGAACCCUGCCUACAGCCUACAUGUUAAAAAGAGAUUCCGAAAAAGAGACAAUGGAGGAAACUGAAAAAGAAUCAA